UUGGGUGCGGCGAAGCGCAUGCCUGUAGCUGCAGCCUCAUCUAUUCUUGUUGGGCUGUCUCCCAAUUGGAAACGGUCGGCCAUAAAGAGGAGGCUGCAAGAGGCAUAAAAAAAUACGUUAUUUAAGAAGAAUCGCAACCGGUCUGUAGCUGCAGCUACUGCAUUGAGCAUUUUCGUGUUCGAAUCCGCUGAUCAGUGCAGUCAUGUCUUAUCAAGGCAAGAAAAACAUCCCGCGUAUUACGAGUGAGCGCAUGCUAGUAAAAGGAGGAAAAAUCGUCAAUGAUGACCAGUCUUUCUUUGCUGAUAUUUACGUAGAAGAUGGUCUGAUCAAGCAGAUUGGUGAAAAUCUGAUCGUACCCGGUGGGGUGAAAGUUGCUGAUGCCCAUGGACGAAUGGUUAUUCCUGGUGGCAUUGAUGUCCACACCCGCCUGCAGAUGCCUGUCAAAGGGAUGACAGCAGCUGAUGACUUUUUCCAAGGAACAAAAGCAGCUCUGGCUGGGGGCACAACCAUGAUCUUUGACCAUGUGUUGGCAGAGCCUGGAAUCAGUUUGAUCACUGCUUUCGAACAGUGGAGAGAAUGGGCAGACAACAAGUCCUGCUGUGACUACUCAUUGCAUGUUGAUGUCACAGAAUGGUAUAAAGGCCUUCAAGAAGAGAUGGAUUUCUUGGUGAAGGAGCACGGUGUAAAUUCAUUCCUUCUGUACAUGGCUUACAAAGACCGUUACCAACUCUCUGAUGCCCAGAUGUAUGAGGCCCUAAGUGCAAUUCGUGAUAUGGGUGCCGUUGCUCAAGUUCAUGCUGAGAAUGGUGACAUUAUUGCUGAGGAACAACAGAGGAUUCUUGGACUGGGUAUCACUGGACCUGAAGGCCAUGUUCUGAGUAGGCCAGAGGAGGUUGAAGCAGAAGCAGUAAACCGGGCCAUCACUAUUGCGAAUCAAACCAACUGCCCCCUCUAUGUAACGAAAGUGAUGAGUAAAACUGCUGCAGAUAUUAUUGCCCAAGCCAGGAAGAAAGGCACUGUUGUGUAUGGGGAACCGAUUACUGCUAGUCUGGGCACCGAUGGAUCUCAUUACUGGAGCAAGAACUGGGCUAAGGCGGCUGCUUUUGUCACUUCUCCACCACUGAGCCCUGAUCCAACCACGCCAGAUUAUCUGAACUCUUUGCUAUCAUGUGGCGAUCUGCAGGUCACUGGCAGUGCACACUGUACAUUCAACACCUCUCAGAAGGCUUUAGGGAAGGAUGACUUCACCCUAAUUCCUGAAGGUACGAAUGGAAUUGAGGAGAGGAUGUCCAUUGUUUGGGAUAAAGCUGUGGUAUCUGGUAAAAUGGAUGAAAAUCAGUUCGUAGCAGUGACCAGCACCAAUGCUGCCAAGAUUUUUAACUUGUAUCCCAGGAAGGGACGCAUCGCCGUGGGAUCAGAUGCAGACCUUGUGAUCUGGGACCCUGACAUUGUCAAGACAAUUACUGCAAAGAACCAUAGCCUGGCAGUGGAGUACAACAUUUUUGAAGGAAUGGAGUGUCGUGGGGCACCCUUGAUUGUCAUAAGUCAGGGUAAAAUUGUCUAUGAGGAUGGCAUGGUGCAUGCUUCUGAAGGCUCUGGACGCUUCAUCCCCAAGAAACCAUUCCCUGACUACGUAUACAAGAGGGUUAAAGCCAGGAGCAAGUUAACUGAACUGCGAGGAGUCCCCCGGGGGCUCUAUGACGGUCCUGUCUGUGAGGUUUCAGUCACGCCCAAAUCUGUCACACCUGCUUCGUCGACUCGGACUUCACCUGCCAAGCAGCAAGCACCACCAGUGCGAAACCUGCACCAGUCAGGAUUCAGUUUGUCUGGUAAAUGUGCACAGGUAGACGACAAUCUACCCCGUCGUACUGGCCAACGCAUCGUGAUGCCUCCUGGUGGUCAUGCAAAUAUCACAACGCUUGGAUGAAUCUUCAUUUUGGUGUGGUUGGCAGAGCCAUCAUCUUUUUUUUUCAUCUUUUUUUUUGAGAGCCUGUGACGGUUACUGUGGACAAACAAUCCUAGGUUUGUGUAACCCCCCCUUCCCAGUAUUACAAUUAUUGCCAAGGAAACAAGUGAAGAGACAAAUAUUCCCAUUCUUAAAACCUGCACAGCAUUAAAAUAUGCACAACGUUAAAGAGAUGAAGGAACUUUGGCACCCACCUGAUUUGUAGGAGAUAGGAGUGAUUUCCUGGAAUUAUAGAUUGUUGUAGAAUAGAGUUUUUGCCAAUGUUUAUUCUUAAGCUGCAUGGCAGAACAGUGAUCAAGUUCUCACAUAAAGAGGAAUAAGGUGGUCUCUUGACAGUUGCUGACUUGACUAGUUUAGGCUGCUUCCAGGAAACAAAAAUUGAAUUAUCAUUUAUCAUCACUGACAGUUUUAAUCCAGUUGAAUUCUGGUGAUCUUCACUCUGUGACAGAAUAUAUCUUCCUCUCAGUUUGUACUCUACAGUGGCAAGUAACAAUCUGCAAAUAUUUCAGUUACCUUGAAUUUCAGUUUGUGAAGCCUUUAUCAUCAACAAUGCGCACUUAAUAUAGUUUCAUUGAAUUUACAUAAAAUGCAGCUGUUGAUAAAUAUGGUGUUAGGUUUUUCGAGGAAUAUUUUAUAGAUAAGAAAACUGGAAAUCUGAAUCAAAAAGCUCUAAAUAGAUACUACAAGGGUUGAAAAUGGCAAGAUGCAUUGAUAGUAACUUGGUUGCAGCCUCUGAGGUGCCUGCUGUAAAAACAAGUUGUCUUCACUGUGUAUCUGGAACACCAUUUGCUUGCCAAGUAUGAGUACCAAUCUGAAUUCUUCAAUACAACAGUUGUGUAUAAGUGUGCAAAUAGAUAAAAUACUGGCAUGAUUUGUACUGAGAAAUGUAGACCGUUAAAUAUGUGAGAGAAAGGCUGAUAGUGAUCCUAAAAACAGAACAAUAGUACUUUAGUGAUUGUCCAACUACCAAGCUUGUUCUUCAUUUGCUCAUGGGCUAUCAUCAUUGCACCGCUUGUCGAUCUCUUCCCAGCUGUUCUGAGACAUGGUCCACUUGCGAAGGAGUCAGUAAUCAUGUCAUUUUGCUUACAUAAUCUCAACAGACUGCACCAUUGACUUCCUCUGUGGAAGCUCAAAGUGUAUUUUUCUUGUUUGAACUGAUUUUUUUUCAGACUGGACACACUACGUGGGCUGGCAGCAUGUUCAUUUAUGGCUUGCUUGAGUUUAGCACUGCAUGAUUCUAAUACAUAGAUGGGAGAGUUUGAAAACUUAACUGACCGCAGUGACUUGAUGCUCAGAAACUCAUUGUAGUUUUGAAAUGUUGUCUUGCUGGCUUUUUUUUUUGCUCCUCCAAUUCUGUGCUGUAUUCUUACUGAAAAAAGUACUUUGUGUUUUCAUGGCAUUGAUGUUAAGGUUCUGCUCUUGUACUUUGCUUCCCUCUACCAUUGUUGUGUUUAAUAAAGGUCUUGUGAUUUAUUCCAUAAGGGAAGGUUGAUAAAACAACAUGGUUUACUGACUUGAACUGCUAAUAAAACAAUUACUGUUUAAAAUAU